AUGGUUCUUUUAGGAUGGCUUGCGACUGGUAAUAUGAAUGAUGCACGAAGUGACCAUACAGCGUCUGUAUUACGAAAUGGAAAAGUGUUAGUUACUGGUGGUUUUAAUUAUAGUUUAUACUUAAAUAGUGCCGAAUUGUAUGAUCCAUCAACAGGAACUUGGACAAUGACUGGUUAUAUGAAUCAUAGUCGAACAGUGCACACAGAAUCCGUAUUAUUAGAUGGAAAAGUAUUAGUUACUGGUGGAUAUGAUGGUAUUUCUUAUCUUAAUAGUGUUGAGUUAUAUGACCCAUCAACAGAAACUUGGACAACGAUUGAUAGUAUGAAUAAUGCACGAUAUGUACACACAGCAUCCGUAUUACAAAAUGGAAAAGUAUUAAUUACUGGUGGAUAUGAUGGUAGUUUAUAUCUAAAUAGUACUGAGUUUGCACGGUAUGUACACACAGCCUCCAUAUUACCAAAUGGAAAAGUAUUAAUUGCUGGUGGAUAUGAUGGUAGUUUAUAUCUAAAUAGUGCUGAGUUGUAUGAUCCAUCAACAGGACUUUGGACAGUGACUGGUAGUAUGAAUCUUGAACGAUAUUCGCACAAAGCAUCGAUAUUAACAAAUGGAUAUGUGUUAAUUGCUGGUGGAUGGGAUGGAUAUUCUUUUCUGAAUACUUCUGAGUUGUAUGACCCAUCAACAGGAACUUGGACAACGACCGGUAGUAUGAAUAAUGCACGAUAUGUACACACAGCAUCCGUAUUACCAAAUGGAAAAGUAUUAAUUACUGGUGGAUAUGAUGGUAGUUUAUAUCUAAAUAGUUCUGAGUUGUAUGAUCCAUCAACAGGACUUUGGACAGCGACUAGUAGUAUGAAUAGUGCACGAAGUGAACAUACAACAUCGAUAUUAACAAAUGGAGACGUGUUAGCUACUGGUGGAUUUAUCAAUAUUUCUCUAAGUACUUCAGAAUUGUAUUAA